GUCAGCUCUGAGUGCAGCCUCGCAGCUCCCCACCGGCCCCGGGGUCGGUCUCUCCUGACCUCUCGGUGAGCGAGGGAUUGCGAGCCAGGGAGGGAUGGGAUCUGCGGGAGCCUCUGCCAAGAGCCGGCUCCAGAUCCGCAGGCAGCGCUGGGCUGCGUUUCCCCUCCGGCGCGAAGAGGAUCUGGGGUGUCCGGGGUUCACUCCUCGCUGACACCGACCCCCCGAGACCCCCACCGGCACGUCGGGCCCCGCGGGGAGUCCCAUCUCCGUCCUCCUCUCCCGCCUUCGCCGAGCCCCAGCUCCUCGCCCGGAGGAAGGGUGCGCGCCGUGGGCAUCUCCCAUCCACCGAAAUCUAUGAUCAGCUCGGUGUGUGUCUCCUCCUACCGUGGACGCAAGUCUGGGAACAAACCACCCUCCAAAACAUGCCUGAAGGAAGAGAUGGGCAAAGGGGAAGAGUCGGACAAGAUCACCAUCAACGUAGGCGGCACCCGGCAUGAGACCUACAAAAGCACCCUGCGGACUCUGCCGGGCACCCGCCUGGCCUGGCUGGCCGACCCCGACGCCCAGAGCAACUUUGACUUCGAUGGGAAAAGCAACGAGUUCUUCUUCGACCGUCACCCCGGGAUCUUCUCCUACGUGCUCAACUACUACCGCACCGGGAAGCUGCACUGCCCCGCGGACAUCUGCGGGCCGCUCUUCGAGGAGGAGCUGACCUACUGGGGCAUCGACGAGACCGACGUGGAGCCCUGCUGCUGGAUGACCUACCGCCAGCACCGCGACGCCGAGGAGGCCCUGGACAUCUUUGAGAGUCCCGAGCCUGGCGGAGGGGCCGGUGGAGAGGAGCCCGAAGAGGAAGGGGGUAGGGAGAUGGCUCUUCAGCGCCUGGGCAUGGAUGACAGGCCCCCAGGGGCAGCAGGGGCUGCUGGAGGGGGCGGCUGCUGCCGGAACUGGCAGCCCAAGAUGUGGGCGCUCUUUGAGGAUCCCUACUCGUCCAAGGCAGCAAGGGUGGUUGCUUUCGCCUCACUUUUCUUCAUCCUGGUCUCCAUCACGACCUUCUGCCUGGAGACACACGAGGCCUUCAACAUCGACGUCAACGUGACGGAGACGCUGGUGGUUGGCAACACCACGACGGUGCUGCUGACCCACAAAGUGGAGACGGAGCCCAUCCUCACCUACAUCGAAGGGGUCUGCGUGCUGUGGUUUACCCUCGAGUUCCUGGUUCGCAUCAUCUGCUGCCCAGAUAAGCUUCUCUUCAUUAAAAACCUGCUCAACAUCAUUGACUUCGUGGCCAUCUUGCCCUUCUACCUGGAGGUGGGUCUCAGUGGCCUGUCCUCCAAAGCCGCCCGGGACGUGCUGGGCUUCCUGCGGGUGGUGCGCUUCGUCCGCAUCCUGCGGAUCUUCAAGCUGACGCGGCACUUUGUGGGUCUCCGGGUGCUGGGCCACACGCUCCGGGCCAGCACCAAUGAAUUCCUGCUCCUCAUCAUCUUCCUCGCCUUGGGGGUCUUGAUUUUCGCCACCAUGAUCUACUACGCCGAGCGGAUUGGAGCCAAGACGUCCGACCCCACCGGGAGCGACCACACUCACUUUAAGAACAUCCCCAUCGGCUUCUGGUGGGCCGUGGUCACGAUGACGACCCUGGGCUAUGGUGACAUGUACCCCAAGACCUGGUCGGGGAUGGUGGUGGGGGCCCUGUGCGCCCUGGCCGGGGUGCUGACCAUCGCCAUGCCCGUGCCCGUCAUCGUCAAUAACUUUGGGAUGUACUAUUCAUUGGCCAUGGCCAAGCAGAAGCUGCCAAAGAAGAAGAAAAAGCAUAUACCCCGUCCGGCCCCGCUGGACUCCCCCACCUACGGCAAAUCCGAGGAGAACUCGCCCCGGAACAGCACCCAGAGCGACACUUGUCCCUUGGCAGUAGAGGAGGGGGCGACUGAGCGGAAACGGUCAGACUCCAAGCAGAACGGUGAGGCCAACGUGGUGCUGUCGGAUGAGGAGCAGCCGCUGUCCCCGACGGACGAGGAGAAGAGGCCGAUGCGGCGCUCCAGCACACGGGACAAGAACAAGAAAUCCUCCACGUGCUUCCUGCUGGCCACGGGGGACUUCUCCUGUGCAGCAGAUGGAGGCAUCCAGAAAGAUUCCUGCCAGGACACCCUCGCUUCCAGUUUCCCCCAGGGUGAGGUGGUCACCUUCUCCUGAGCCCAGUGGGAUGCAGCAGUGCCUGGGGAGGGGCGCCUUCCCCAGGGGAAGGAUGUGUGUCCCUGUGCCCUGAGGGGCACCUUCCCCAGGGGAAGGAUGUGUGUCCCUGUGCCCUGAGGGGCACCUUCCCCAGGGGAAGGAUGUGUGUCCCUGUGCCCCAGGGGAAGGAUGUGUGUCCCUGUGCCCCGGGGGAAGGAUGUGUGUCCCUGUGCCCCAGGGGAAGGAUGUGUGUCCCUGUGCCCCGGGGGAAGGAUGUGUGUCCCUGUGCCCCGGGGGAAGGAUGUGUGUCCCUGUGCCCCAGGGGAAGGAUGUGUGUCCCUGUGCCCUGAGGGGUGCCUUCCCCAGGAGAAGGAGGCUCUCCCUGGGGCCAAGGAUGCUCUUCCUAAGGCUAAAGGAUGCAUUCCACCAGGGAUGCUGUCCCCAAAGCCCAGGGAUGCUCUCCCCAAGGCUGGCACACGCAUUCCUCCAGAGAUGCCCUCCCUGGGGCCAAGGGAUGCUCUUCCCACGGGAGAUGCUCCCCCCAGGGCUGAGGGAUGUCCUGCCCAAAGCCCAGGGAUGCUCUCCCCAAGGCUGGCACACGCAUUCCUCCAGGGAUGCUCCCCCCAGGGCCAAGGGGUGCUCUUCCCAUGGAGCUUUCUUUCCCCAAAGCUCCAGCUCCAUCCCUGGGGGGGUUGGCAGCUGGGUCCCCCCGAGAGGUGCCACAGAGCAGCAGGGCUGGGAGGGAGGUUGGGGACAGCCCCAUUCCCCUUCCUGGCGCCAGCCCUGCCACGGCCACACUGCCCCUGCACCCCCUGGGCUGCCCCCUCCCCUUGCCCACGCUUCUGGCUGCACCUCACCCUCCACCUCUGGAGAUCCAGCUGCUCACCAGGACAUCUCUGCCCGUGGCUGCUCCGUGCUCUGACCCCUCCAUCGCCACCGGGAACCUCCUCCGGGGUGCCAAGGGCUCCACUCCAGGUGCCACCAUCGCCCUCCCACGGGUGCUGAUCCCAGGGGCACGGGGCCAGCGGGGUGCUGGGGGCGCAGGGAUGGGGAUGGGAAGCAAUAGGAGACCGUGUGUGGGGACCCCAGCUGGCCUGGAGGGCUCAGGGUCCUCGCAGCGCUGUUCCAUGUCUCUGUGACCAAGGCAAUACUACUCUGUCUCCAUCUGUCCUGUUCGCAUGCCUGUCCGACCUAGCGAGUUCCAAUAAAGUCAUCCAUGAGCUGAGGCA